AUGUACCCGGCCGCCUGGUUCCUGAGCGGCGCGUGGCUGCAGAACAAGUGCAGCACCUGCACGCUUCCGCAGCUGCGGAGGGAGCGGGGAGGCACCUUCCGCCUCUCCGUGCGCCUGCUGGGCGCGUCCGCGUGCCUGGAGCAGCCAGGCCUGCUGUUGCGACAGCAGCCCUGCGUGGAAGUAAACCUUGGGGAGGUGACCAAGGAGUCGGAGCCAGCGGAAUACCGAGCGCUGCCCAGCUUCGGCCAUGAGGCCACUCCACCUGCCAGCGCGCAGGACUGUCAGUGGCACUUUGGGGACACCAUGGUCUUCACAGUGCCCGCGGCCGAGCUGCCGCAGGCGCGGCUCCGCUUCUGGCUGCGGGCCCGCCAGGACCUGCAGCUGGGCUUUCUGCAGCUGGACCUGGCGCGCUCCGCGGCCAUCGGCUGCUGCGCCCUGGAAGUGAGGCGCCGAAUCCUUUCCGCCUGCACCACGAAGGCGGCGCACGAGGGCGCUUCCGGCUCGCUGUGGGAGUCCCAGGAGAUGGUGCUGCCGCUGGUGACCCCUGAGGGUGCCGAAGCGGAGGCCUGGCUCCUCGUGAGCUUCGCGGUGUCUGUGGACCCUGCGCGGCUGCUUGCUGCGGCCCAAACGGACCGCUCCUUGCUGGACCGGGUCUCGGAGGGCUGCUCCUCGCUGGGCGCCGCGGCGUCUUCCGCGCAGCGGAACUGCUGCGCCCCCGAGCCAGGGACGCCCAAGCCCGAGCGGAUCGUGGUGUCAGUGCCGGUGAUGGAGCAAGGCACUGAGAAGGCCGACUUGGAGGCCAGCCCUGCCAGCUCCACCAGCGAAGCUGCCCCCCCCGAGCCGGCGCCGGAGCCUUUGCCCGAGCCGAGGCCGCGUUUAUCGCGACCCGCGGCGCCAGGGCCAUGGGCCGCAUCGCCGGCGCCGCCCGCGUCGCCCGCGUUCGCCGCCCCCUGCCACACGGAGUGGCGGGCAGGGCCGGGCCCGCACUUCCAGUCUCACGUGCCAGACUGGCGCUGGCAGCCGCCUGUCAGGUGCACGCAUUCGUAA